AUGCAAGAGGGUCAGCGUCGACGUGUUGGAUUGUACUACGAGGAAUGGCUGCUGCCGGAAAGAGACCAAGCCCGCCGCGAACGAUUGCUUUUGGAGUCCCAACUUAGAGUGGGGCCGGAUAUCGGUCGGGGUGACGAUAGUUUGGGCCGCACGCUGUCGGUCGAGCCUGUCGGUCAGGCCGACGUGCUUGCGAGAUUGGAUGCCGGAUUUUGCAAAGAUCAUUAUGAAACAGAGAUUGACUGGCGGUCAGAUGAUGGGAACGGUGCAAUGGAAGCUAUACCUGUGGGACAAGACGACUUUGACGAGCGUUUCUCGGAUCUCAGUUUGAACGAUCUGGCUGAGCUCGUGCAAAGUAUACGAGUCACCAAAGUAGCCGGAUAUAUGAGCAUGCCUCAAGUCAAACCAAUCCACUUUUGCAUGCAGGGACCAUGA